GAGCUGCUAGUUAGCUCCCGUCUACAUGACUGCUAAGCGCAGUAGGCAAAGAACCUCACUUUGGACAUAGAGAUGCCAACCAAACGUGGCAAGUAACGACUGAUUUGUGUAUUUAAUUACCUUUUACUUCAAGCGAGGCCUGGCUGCAUGUGUUAUUUAACUUUAUGUUACACGUGGCUCUCUUGUUUACAAUGUUAGCCGAAGCUAGCUAGCAGGUUAUCGUUCUCGUUUCGCGGUUUUAUGUUUGGGAAAAAAAGCCUUUUAGACAACACACACCUUUAAUAUACAUGCUUACAAGUGUAUGGUGCCGAACAAAAAAAAUACUUAAAAAGACGGUCUCUAGGCAGCUUAUCAAUCAUAUCACCAGGUGACAAGAAGGUGUCAAUCAACAGCUAAAUCCAUCCAUUUUUUACCGCUUGUCCCUUUCGGGGUCGCGGGGAGUGCUGGAGCCUAUCUCAGCUGCAUUCGGGCGGAAGGCGGGGUACACCCUGGACAAGUCACCACCUCAUCGCAGGACCAACACAGACAGACAGACAACAUUCACACACUAGGGACCAUUUAGUGUUGCCAAUCAACCUAUCCCCAGGUGCAUGUCUUUGGAGGUGGGAGGAGCCUAUCCCCAGGUGCAUGUCUUUGGAGGUGGGAGGAAUCAUUAUCCAUUAAACGGACUUGGAAAAAUGGACGAUGUUCGAAGUGCGUUCCACGCCCAGCUGGCCGCGGUCAUGGACUCCCUGCUGGCAGCCGCCGUGUGCCAGAUCGGCAAGAUCUUUGAAAGCAGCCUGUGCGAGCAGCAGGUGGAGCUGGCGCACAAAACCCGGGAGAUCUCCAUCCUCCUCGGACGGCUGGACCAAGAGGAGAGGAAAGGCGGGGAGGCUGACCACGCUUUGGACACCUCGACAGGAGCAGGGAUGCACGCAGAGCCAGAUGAUGGAAACGACUUCAGUAUAAGUGAGCUCAAGACGGAGUUCACAUGUCACGAUGACCAGGAUUUAAUAAAGCACACGUCUCCACUGCGAGAUUUACCUCACCCACCCUUGGGGUCUUUCAUGGUCGAAGUCCCAGAGGGAAGUCCUGUCAUUGGAGACCAGAGGAAGACGGGUCCCCUGACUGGCUCACACAUCAAAGCCGAAUCGUCUCCCUGGUACCAGGAGAGGCCAAUGGCAGACCACCAACCACAACCGGAUCAAGCUUCACCCCCAUUCCGUUGCUCUCCACCACCUGACCCUAGUCUGGCCCAGCACAGGGACUGGUCAUCAGUUUUGGAAGGCACUCGGGGUGAGGCAUGUGGUCUGGAGGGCUUGCCGACAAAUAGCUUCAGCUGCUCUUCUCCAGCUGGCUCCAGAACUACCACGGACACAACCAAGCUCCGAUCCAAUACCAGCGCCAAAGAGGAUGGCCCUUUUGUGUUCCAUGAGAACCAGAACUCCAAUCAGAGGUCGGCACAUCAGAGUCAACAGGAUCAGUCACAGGUUCUCUCUCAAUGGGGACGUAGUGGCGACAGGAUCGACCCAAUUAAUUCCAGCAGACAGUCCAAUUCCCAGUUGUUGAAAGCUGUACAAGCACACCCACUCAACUUCACCGGAGCUUCCGCCGGAGGAAGCGGGCGACCGUACAACUGCCCGUACUGCACUAAAAGCUUCACCUAUCCCUCCCAUCAUCGCAGACACCUGUUACGCCACACGGGGGUCCGCCUGCACCCCUGUCAGCUCUGCGACAAGAGCUUCCUCACCCCCUCCGAGCUCACCAUCCACACUCGCACGCACACCGGCGAGCGGCCCUUUGGUUGCGUCCAGUGCGGCAAGCGCUUUGCCCGCAGCGGCAAUCUGAGAGCUCACCAACGAGACGUUCACAUGCGGAAAAGACCCUUCGCUUGUGCCAAGUGCGGAAAGAGGUUCGCCCACAGAGGGGACCUGAGGGUGCACAAUGACAGGAUGCACCAAGGGGAUCUGUUCUACACGGCAGAGCAACAGGAACCACACAUUGGCCCCAAUCCGACUUGAAGUCUUGAUGGUCACUUAGUAGUAUUGAUUGUCAAUACCCAACCACUGAUCUAUAAGUGCUAAAUUGACUGACACCAUCCAAGCGAUUUUCUUAUACUGAGAAUUGAGUCGUCUUAAUGUAUUCCUUGUGCUUCACUUCAAUUAUGCAUCCGACAGUACAUCAAUGAUACCUGCUCACUUUUCUAUGACCGUGCUUCCGAUUCAUUAUUUUGUAUUAGUGCAUAUAAAGAAAAUACAGGACUGUCUCAGAAAAUUAGAAUAUUGUGAUAAAGUCCUUUAUUUUCUG